AUGGAGAACCCACAUGAAGCAGAACAGGCAGUAUUGCUAGAACGAAUUAUUAAAAAUGUGGAUAAAUGCAACGAAGCGAUCAUGGAGAUGAACCACUGUAUAAAGGAAUUCCUCGACUCAUCAUCCGACGUUCACAUCGCUGCUCAACUGUUCGCGAAUUACUCUAGGAACGUAGCUUAUAAUCUGAACAUCGCCAAGCAGAUGCCUGAUCCGGUGUAG